GGGGCGAAGGGGCGCUAGAGCCUGGGCGGGCGGGCCGGCUAAGGGCCGGGGGUCAAGGCCCGGGAGCGGGUGACGGGCGUGCCUGGGGCUCGCCCCCGCGCGGUCGUCGGAGCGGGCUGCGCUCCCGCGCCCGCGCAGUCCGGGGGGGAUGCGACCCGGGGCCCCGGGGCGGGGCGGGCGGCGGCGGCGGCUGCAUCGCGAGCGGCGCAGGGGGCGGGUGGCGGCGGCGGCGGUGGCAGCGGCAUGAGGCGCGGGGCCGGUGUCCGCGGGAGGGAGGCGCUGCCGGCGGCCCGGUCGCUCCCGCUGCAACUGCUCGCCGGCUCGCUGUGCCCUGCCAGCUGGGCCUCGGCCGCUCUCGUCUCGGCCGCCUCCCGGGCUGCCGCUGGUGACCACUCGCCGCGCCGCCGGAGGCUUCACCCGCGCCCUCCCCCAGGACGCGCCCGCGGAGCUCGGGCCCCUUCGCCCCGGACGCGGAGGCCGCGCUGCGCGGGGCGGCGGCGAGGCCGGAAGAUGGCCUGGGUACUCAAGAUGGACGAGGUGAUCGAGUCUGGGCUGGUGCACGACUUCGACGCCAGCCUCUCGGGCAUCGGGCAGGAGCUGGGCGCCGGCGCCUACAGCAUGAGUGAUGUGUUGGCAUUGCAUUUCAAGCAGGAAGAUCCCAGCCUUCCAUUGGAUGGUGAAACGAAACACCCACCCUUUCAAUAUGUGAUGUGUGCUGCCACAUCACCAGCAGUAAAACUGCAUGAUGAAACACUCACUUACUUGAACCAAGGUCAGUCUUACGAAAUUCGGAUGUUGGAUAAUCGGAAAAUGGGAGAUAUGCCUGAGAUCAGUGGAAAAUUGGUAAAGCAUCAUAGGGUUGUAUUCCAUGACAGACGGCUACAAUAUACAGAGCAUCAGCAACUUGAAGGUUGGAAAUGGAAUCGCCCAGGAGACAGACUUCUCGAUUUAGAUAUUCCAAUGUCUGUGGGAAUAAUCGACACGAGGACAAAUCCAAGUCAGUUAAACGCAGUUGAAUUUCUGUGGGACCCUGCAAAACGCACAUCUGCUUUUAUUCAGGUACACUGCAUCAGCACAGAAUUUACUCCACGGAAACAUGGUGGUGAAAAGGGAGUACCUUUCAGGAUCCAGGUUGACACCUUUAAGCAAAAUGAAAAUGGAGAAUACACAGAUCAUCUUCACUCGGCUAGUUGCCAAAUUAAAGUUUUUAAGCCUAAAGGUGCGGACAGAAAACAAAAAACUGACCGAGAAAAGAUGGAAAAGAGAACAGCUCAUGAAAAAGAAAAGUAUCAGCCAUCCUAUGAUACCACAAUCCUCACAGAGAUGAGGCUUGAGCCUAUAAUUGAAGAUGCAGGACAUGAGCAGAAAAAGUCCAGCAAGCGGACUUUGCCAGCAGACUACGGUGAUUCUCUGGCAAAGCGAGGCAGUUGUUCUCCGUGGCCUGAUACCCCCACAACCUAUGCGAAUAACAGCCCUUCACCGCCCACUUUCACCUCUUCCCAGCAGAGCACUUGCAGUGUCCCAGACAGCAAUUCUUCUUCCCCAAAUCAUCAGGGAGAUGGAGUUUUACAGGCAUCUGGUGAGUAACAAAUUCAACCUUCAGCUACAACCCAGGAAACACAGCAGUGGCUGCAAAACAGAUUCUCUUCCUAUACAAGACUGUUUUCCUAUUUUUCAGGUGCCGACUUAUUAAAACUGACAAAGGAAGUAGUUCAAAUUUGUGGUGCAGCCGAUGGAAUUCGGCUCUAUAAUUCACUGAAGUCAAGGUCGGUUAGGCCUCGCUUAACCAUCUAUGUCUGCCAGGAGCAGCCGAGUAGUGCCGCGCUGCAAGCACAGCAGCAAGCUGCAGGCAGUGGAGGCGAGAAUGGCAGUGGGACGCCUUACGUUUACCAUGCAAUCUACUUGGAAGAAAUGGUUGCCUCAGAAGUUGCUCGAAAACUUGCGUUGGUGUUUAAUAUUCCUCUCCAUCAAAUUAACCAGGUUUACAGACAGGGUCCCACUGGCAUCCACAUUCUUGUUAGUGAUCAGAUGGUUCAGAACUUUCAAGAUGAGAGUUGUUUUUUAUUCUCUACAGUAAAAGCUGAAAAUAAUGAUGGUAUCCACAUAAUUUUGAAGUGAUGUCUUAUGUAGACUGAACUAUAUCCAGUACCAAAUAAAGUCACGCUAAAAGUGUGUGAAGACUGAAUCCAAGAAGUCUUGGGAUUGGAUUUUACCAUAUGAAAUGUUUCAUAUUGAAAACACAGAUGACCUUUCUAAUGAGCUGUAUGAGAGGCAAAUCUCACUGUCACUGCCAUAGCCAAGCAUCCUCGUGAGAGCGAGCACGUCGGGACAGUGUGCAUCCCGCUCUGGAGGCCAUGGGGCAGGCAUGGCUACCUGCUCUGGCAGAGGCCAGUAGAUACAGUUCCCAGAAGCAGCCUUUGCUGGCUUUUUACACUGUAUGUGGUUUGGAAAUGAAUGUAAAACUUAACCAUGGGCAUUUACCUUUCUGUGCCAGUUUGGUUUUUAUUGCCUGAACCUUAUGCUGACCUGGGGAGGAGAUGGGGGGGGGACAGUGCUAUUGUGGAGCCAGAAAGGAAUCCAUCAGCAGAGAGAUGGACUGUGCUGAUGUGGUGGUGGUGGUCAGGUAAGAGGCUCGGCACCUCGGGAGAAAUCAUGUCUAAGGGUUUAGGUCUGAAAUGAUCAUGCCAGACUGGAGAGGAUCCAAGCCAGGAAGAUGGGCGUGAAGCAAACUGCAUUAUCAGGAGUACCUUGUUGAGAGGAUCAGUGUAAAUCCUAAUAGGUACAAAGACUUGUGUUUUUGCUUUGUCACAGAUUUAUUGAAAAACUUUUUUGCCUCUGCUUCCAAUUUUAGCAUUUUAGUUUCUGGUUUUCAUUUUUUGAAGCUUCCUUGCCUUUUAAACCUCGUUUUCUUUCUCAUUUCCUUCUUUCUCCACCCCAUGCCCUCCUGUCCUUAAGCAUUUUUAAAGACCUACCCCAGACAUUGGAAAUAGUUGAUGUAGGUAGGGGGCACAAAGUUUUAUUGUUGGUAGCUUCUGACUUGGUGUUAAGGGAUCUUUGUUAUGAACAAGAUGAAAUCAUUCAUGGAAACACUAGAUAUCAUAAAUCUAACACUAAAAUGUACCAAAAAAAAAAUCCCUUUGUCUCUUCUCAGAUGUACAAUCAUGAAUAAACAUUCUGGUGAUUGAGAGGUUUUUAAUAACCACACAGUGACUUUUUCUUAAAGUGUGCAUCUUUCAUAAAGAGUUUGCUAGCAUACUCCCCCCCCCAAAGGGAAUCCUCUGUUUUCUUCUUUUGCUUCUCCCUUUACUCAGAGCCUUCCCAGAAUUCAUCAACAAGCAUUUUUGAGGCCCGUGGUGUAGCAGAUUGAAUUUUUAAACCUUUCAAUUACAGCUUAUGUUUACUAAGCUUUUUUGGCUUGAAUGUACCGUUUGAUCCUCGUCUUUGUUCAGGUGGAAAUAGGAAUGAUUAAUUGUAAGUGUGAAAUCUCUCCCAGAAGACAAAUGACUUCAGUAGGUCAAAACUUUGGCCUUUGGUUUUAUUCAUAAAGGGGUUAAUUAUUUGCUACAAAGAAGCACUGGCUCAUUAUUUUCAUCUUAGGUUUGGAAAUAUGUUACUCCUAUAGGCCACAGGAGGAGAGCUUUCCUUUCUGUCCUUCUCCCUUUGCUUUUGUGACCACGUUUCCUGUACCAGUCACUUGGUUCUGAAAGAAGCAAGUUUCUCAGUUGUUUUAUUAGAGUUUUGCUUGUCUAUUUAGCAUUCCUUUGGGUCUCAUGAUUUAUGGAACAAUAAAUGUCAAUUUAAUGCUGUGUGCUAUUUUAAAUUCAUCAGGUUUUAGAAGUGGGGUAAAAUACAAGCUCAUCAAACUUGAAAUUAUACUGAGUGGCAUUGACCGUUAGUCUGUCCCAGUAAAACAGGUUAAAUAAAUUAUGGCACCAGCAAAUUUGCUACUUUGUUUUUUUAAUAGUAGGAUGUACACAUUUCAGUACAAUAAAUGUUUUCCGAUUGUUUUGCAAA